UUAGCUGGCUGCUAUAGCAGAUAUCUGUUGGACAGUGUGAAUGGCUUGUAUUCCAGGCCCAUCUGCCUGCGUUGGGGUGCGGCGGGGGGUGUUGGAGACGGGACUGGGGCUUGAGCUCCUUGCACCCGACUCUCCCAGCCGCCUUGUAGCCCCAGUUCAGCUUUAGGUAGAGUACCGCAGGCACCAAGUGCAGCUUUCCUGUCACCAUAGCGACGGGCGGGGCGAGAGGGCAAAGUCUCCCUUUGCAACUACAUCUCCCAUCAUGCAUCCGCGCCUCGGGGUGCCUGGCUCAGCCUCAGGCCUGAGACCUGUACCAACCCCCGGGAGCCGUGCGGGGCCGACGAUGAGGAGCAGAGUGCAAGGGGGCGGCCUCGCUCCGCUGGCCACCCCGGGGUCCCGGCCUCCCAUUACAUAGCGGGUGUCUCGAGCCCUGGCCUGCUCUCGGCACCGCCACAACGGGCCUAAUAUGGCCGCUGGUGCCAGGACCUGCCGGGCGCGCGGAGGGUCGGGCCGAGGUCCGGGAUCGGGAACUGCUCCCGGCAUUCCUCGCGAGCGUAUGGCGUGGGCUCCCUUUUCCCCUCUCUGGGUCCCGCGGGGAGACUCUCGGGCUUUGAGGUAGCAUGGCCCAGGGCUUGAUUGAGGUGGAGCGAAAGUUCCUUCCAGGGCCUGGCACAGAGGAGCGGCUGCAGGAGUUGGGGGGCACCCUAGAGCACCGGCUCACCUUCCGAGACACCUACUAUGACACCCCUGAGCUGAGCCUCAUGCAGGCUGACCACUGGCUGCGACGACGAGAGGAUAGUGGAUGGGAGCUCAAAUGUCCUGGAGCAGCAGGUGUCUUAGGACCCCAUACGGAGUAUAAGGAACUCACAGCGGAACCUGCAAUUGUGGCCCAGCUCUGUAAGGUGCUGGGGGCUGACGGCCUGGGGGCUGGAGAUGUGGCUGCUGUGCUGGGCCCACUGGGGCUGCAGGAAGUAGCUAGUUUUGUGACUAAGCGGAGUGCCUGGAAGCUGGUGCUCUUGGGAGCUGAUGAAGAGGAGCCACAGCUCAGGGUGGACUUGGAUACAGCCGACUUUGGCUACGCUGUGGGUGAGGUAGAGGCCCUGGUGCAUGAGGAGGCUGAAGUACCAACUGCCCUAGAGAAGAUCCACAGGCUCAGCAGCAUGCUUGGUGUGCCUGCACAGGAGACGGCACCGGCCAAGCUGAUCGUGUAUCUACAGCGUUUCCGGCCUCAAGACUAUCAGCGCCUGCUAGAAGUGAACAGCUCCAGAGAGAGGCCACAGGAGACUGAAGAUCCUGACAACUGCCUGGGCUAGGGGUGUCCCUUCCUAGAAGGGGAAGGGAACUCUGGGUCUAACGGAGUCCACUCCUGGGCCCACUGUGCCUCUCCCCUCAGUGUCCCUUCUGACAGCUGACUCCUUUCUUUCCAGCUCUGCCUGUUUCUUCCCCCUUCUCUAAGCUAGUCUUCCUUGAGCCCUCCCUGGCUGCUUCCUCUCCCUCAUCCGUCAGAUGCAAUCUGUGGGCCGCCCCUCUCCCCUGGCCGCUAAGCAGCCUCCAUUGAUUUCCGCUCGUGUUUAUAGGAUUUCCACUUAGCCGUGAUCAGUAGUUAAGCACAGGAAAAUCCCUUGCCACCCCCCACCCCUUGGUCGAUGCCAUUGAUUCUGCCAGCAGCUCCUAAACCACCUUACAGCUGAGUUAGAAGAUGAGGGGAGGCAGCACGGAUUUCCCUGCCUUGGGGUGUGGGAAACAGAAGCAAGUUGAGGAAAUGGUUGGGAAUCCCUGUUAGAACUCUAGAAAUUCUUUUUUUUUUUUUU